AUGGAGGCGGCCGCCGACGCCCUCGCCGCGAUGGCGGCGGACGGCGCUGUGGGCCCGCCGUCUGCGCCGCCCAACUUCGGCGGCGAGAGAUUUCCCGGCGGCGGCGGCCUCUCCCCGCCCUUCAACGCCUCCGCGCAGGUCGAGCAGGACGAGGCGCUCGCCCUCGCGCUGCAGCAGCAGCUUGUGUGGGAGGACGAGGAGGAGGAGCUGGCCAGGGCGAGGCACGCGAGGCUGGAGCAGGCCGCCGCGUACCCGGGCCUCGGAGGGCCGCAGUUUGUCGGGCAGCGCGGCGCGCGCGACCGCCACAGCCGGCCGCCGGCCGACCUCGACGACUCUCCCGGCCCUCUCGAGGGGCUCGGCAGCGCUGUCUACUCGGCGGGCGCAGCCACGCUCGGCGCGGCGGGCGCAGCCGCAUCGAGCCUGUGGGAGUGGGUGACGCGCUGCCAUGCGCCGCCUGCCGCGAAGGCGACCAAGGACGGCCACGAGGACGAGCCUGCGGAGCGGAGGCCGGGCGGCGCAGAGCCGGCCCAGAGGGAGCUGCGCGCGAUACACGAGGAGCGACACUCCGGCAGCUGCUCGGGCGCGGACCACUCCGAGAGCGGGCAGGCGGGCAGCAUGCGGCGGAGGGCGCGCCGCGGAGAUGCCAAGGACGAAUAGCCGGUUAUGUUCGCCUGAGAGCGGGGUCGCCACGCUCUCUGUGUUUGUCUGAUUUGCCUCUUCCCCUCUGUCCUGUGUGUGAGCUGUCUGAGCUGUGACGAGUGGAGGCGAAGGAGCGUGUGGAGCGCGUGAGCAGUUUGUGUAUAUGGUGCGGUGGCGGUGACCUGUGGCUCUGGCUGUGCGCUAUGUGGGUGGCUUUACCGAUGCCGCUGGUCCGCCUCCCCCCCGCCCCUUCCGCGGGUGAUUCGUGUGUGUUGUACCUUGUACGUCAGUUAGCCUCA